AGGCAUGAGGGCAACUUUGCUGGUUUUCUUCUAUAAAAUCCUUGUCUUACAACUCAAAUCCCCCUCUUCCUCUUCUUCAAGCACAAACCCUAUUCUCAUUCAAUCUCAGCCAUCCACACACACUCGAUCCAUCGAUCCCCCGCACACAGCAGACCAACCUCUGCUUCACUCGUUCCUUGUUCGUGUCUUUCACUAAUUCUGUAUCUGGAGAAAUCGAGUAAGAGUCCUUCGUCUUUGCUUUGAUCGCGGUGUUUCUUGAAGCCAACGAAAUUCACUUUCCUGAAAACCUCUGUUCAACCCAAAAUGUCGGACAACAUCCAUCAAUGUCCGUCACCGACUGUCCACACCGUCACUCCUGAUGAGGUUGCACACCAAUUCAACCAUCUGGCAAUCGAUGUCAACUGUCCAGAUCUGAACGAUCUGAAGGACGAUCAGGAUCCGGAUUCGUCCGUCUCCGAUUGCAAGAGCGUUCUCUCCAGUGAUCAAUCCGGUACUGCUCUGUCGCCGUUCAUCGGCAGCGGGUUGAUGGAACUCAGCGAGGGAAACAAGACCCACCGCUAUAUCAAGGAGAAAUUCGUCUCACGGCUAGCUGCGCUGGGGGCACAAGUUACCGUGGUGGCAAUCCACCAGAAUUGCUACUCCAGUGUCUUGGCGAAAGCACAGGCCCAAGCUUUUCAACUUUGCUCACAGGCAGUACAGGAGAAAGGUGGCGGCGACACUGCCAACGUGACGCGCGCAUGGUAUGCGACUUCGAAGGAAGAGUUGUCCAAGAUCUUGUGCUAUGGCUUUGGCUACAGUGGGAAGCCUGAGAACAAUGGCUUGUAUGGCUGUGGAAUUUAUUUUGCUCCUCUUAAUCAUCCACUCGAAAGCAUUAAGACCACUCCUAUAGAUAAAGAUGGCCUACAACAUAUGUUAAUUUGCCUUGUCAUACUGGGGAAAUCUGAGCUUGUCCGUCGUGGCUCGAAACAAUCUCAUCCCAGUUCCGAACAAUAUGACUCGGGCGUCGACAACUUAUCAUCUCCAAGGAGAUACAUUAUUUGGAGCACCCACUUGAACACUCACGUGUUGCCGAAGUACGUUGUCAGCUUUAGAGCCCCUUUCCGCUUAAGAGGGUCACUGAGAACUCCCGAGAAGUCAUGGGAUCCUAAUGCCCCGUGGAUCCCAUUUCGAUAUUUUAUUUCGGAAAUCUCGAAAAUCUUCCCUCCAUCCGACGUCAGCUUGAUGUCCAACUAUUAUAAGGCCCACAAAGGGGGAAAGAUUUCGAGGCAUGUGCUGGUACAAAAAGUCAGACAAAUUGUAGGCGAUAAGUUGCUGACUCAAAUCAUUAAAAGAUUCCGAGCUAAGCAAUUUGGGGCGUGAAGCGGCUGAUUAUGGGACCAUGAAUGGACUUGAAUAAGGUGGGACGGGAGGCGUAUAAAUAAUAUACAAAUUCAUUUAGAUGAGUUUACAGCAUACAGUGGCAUGAGCUAAUGAUACACAAGAUGUGGAGGAGGAGGCCCAUCCGGAUCAAACACUGACAUAGUUGCUGACUCUUAGAUAGGAAAACGACUCUUUUGGAAUUUGUUUGAAUUGAAUGUUUGCGCUUGAUUAUAGCAUUAAACUGCGGCUUCUCUUGGUCCCUAUGUUACAUGACUGUUUGUUUAUAGUGGAGUAUCACAACUCUUCUUUAGUUAACAUGUUAUGGGAAUAAUUUUUUAUCUGUGCAA